AUGGGGCUCCUGGGCGCGGCGGCGCGCUGCGUGGUCCGCGGCGCCGACCGCAUGAGCAAGUGGACGAGCAAGCGGGGCCCGCGCACCUUCUACAAGAGCCGCGGCGCGAAGGGCACCGGCUACCUCGUCCGCGGCGGCAAGUUCCUGCUCGUCAAGGAGCAAGUGCCCGAGCUGGUGGUGCCCGACCUGACCGGCUUCAAGCUCAAGCCCUACGUCAACUACCGCGCGCCCGCGGGCACCGACGCGCCCCUGACGGCCGAGCAGCUCUUCCGCGAGGCGGUGGCGCCCGCCAUCGAGAAGGACUUCAGGGCCGGCACCUUCGACCCCGAGCGCCUGGAGAAGUACGGCUUCGAGCCCACGCAGGAGGGCAAGCUCUUCCAGCUGUACCCCAAGAACUUCCCGCGCUAG